UCACACAGAGACGUUGUCCAUCCUGCUGCUGCUGCUGCUGCUGCCGCCGCUGAUGCUCCUUCCUCGUCUCUUCGCAAACUCUUGUGCACCCUCUGGUGCUUGCUAGUCUCCCAAACUUCUUUGUGUAGCCUGCUUUGCAGAUUGUCUUCCUUGUCUGUGUGGUUGCUCAUUAUUCAGAGACAGACGGAUCUCAGGUCAUCUGCAGCUGCAGCAAAGGAGAAGCAGGAAAGAUGGCGAUCAUCCAUUAGAGCGGCUGGGCGCACGCAUGAAAUACGAGGACAAGUUUCGGGUGGAUCGCUUGAGGAGAAGACUCUACCAGGUUGGAGCUACGUGUCUUCUGGUGCCGGUGGUCAAAUGAAUAUUUCCCUGAUUUUCCAGGGAGUGCUCCCUCUUUUCAGUGAUGGAGGUAUUGCAGUGUGAUGGCUGUGACUUCCGUGCAGAGUCAUAUGAUGAUUUGAAAACCCACAUUCAGGAAGUGCACACUGCUUUCCUGCAGCCUGCGGAUGCAGACGAGUCGGACUCUUUGAAAGAUGAGGAUGACGACGACGAGGAAGAGGAAGAGUAUGAGAAUACGGAUGACAAGGAUUAUCCAUCUUCCAAAGCUGGAACAAGUCCCAACUCUGCUGACACUUCCAACCAAACAUCAAAAAAGCAGACAGCUGAAACCCAUCUGCAGUUUUACCAGUGCAAGUUCUGUGUCCGUUACUUCAGAUCGAAAUCGCUGUUAAAAAAUCACACCAAAAAAGUGCAUAACGUUGUGGAGGACGAGUCCGACGCAAGCAUCUCCUCGCAGACGGAUAAGCAGCCCAGCUACACUGUAAUCACACACAACAACCAUUCAAAAGUGUAUUCAUGUCAGUAUUGCACAUACAAGUCUCCGCGCAGAGCAAGGAUACUGAAACACCAACUUAUGUAUCAUAGCAAAGUUCCCCCGGAGAAUGCUGGGGAUGCUUCAGAAUGUACUGAGAUGGCAGAGGAGUCUGACAAAGCGGACGCACGCAUGAAGGGAACAUUUGCCUGUGAAUGGUGUGACUAUCAAACAGACCAGAAGGAUAGCUGGACUAAUCAUGUAGUGAAGGAGCACGGUGACAAGGUCAAGGUAGUUUCCUCCAUUGCAGAACUGGACGGCGAGGCAGUUGGGAGCUCACCCAAACCAGAUUCUCCCUCCUCUUCCCAUAGUCCAAGUCGAUCAAAGACAAGUUUUGCUGAUGUUCAUGGAGAGGUAGAGGACUCAGGAGGGAAGACACCAGAAAACACCUUUGAGAAAUCGGUCCCAGAGAUUGCAUCCUUUCAGUAUGCACAGAUUAGCGCAGUUACACCCAACAGCACCGGUUCAUCUAUUUUGUCCAAGAGGUUUGCUUCGUCCGAUGUCUCCAACAGUGUCAUGGAUAUGGAUGCCAACCUACUCAAUGAGGAAGACUCGAGAAGCAGCUUAGAAGACGAUGUCGAUGAUGAAGAUUUGGGUGACAUCGAUGAUCCCAGCUACAGUGGAACCCUGUCUGCUGACGCAAAGCAGCUUUUAUCUGAUGAAGAUAACAAAUUACUGGAGACGAAAGGAAUACCUUUCAGAAAGUACAUGAAUCGCUUCCAGUGCCCCUUCUGCUCCUUCCUCACCAUGCACAGGCGCAGCAUCUCCCGCCACAUUGAAAACAUUCACCUGUCUGGCAAAACCACAAUGUAUAAAUGUGAUGAAUGCCCAUUUAUUUGCACCAGCUCUCUUAAACUAGGCACACACAAGCAGAGCCACAAUUCCUCACAUUUAGAGACCUUGGACCUAACAAGUGACAGCCCAGAAUCGCAGAACGACAGUGGUGGAGAGCCAGUUAAUGGGGGUAAUGUAAGCUCCAAAGUGAACGGGAAAAAGAUAACCAGCACACCGAACGACCAGCAGAACCCUCAUCGCUGCACACUCUGCAGCUUUUCUACCACCACUCUAAAAGGCCUGAGGGUUCACCAGCAGCAUAAGCAUUCCUACUGUGAUGACCUAGAUCCCUCUGCCUUCGAAAGCCAGCUGACUGACCAGCCAGACUCUGAAAUGGAGGCUUCUCCAAUCUUUCUACAGAAAACCCAGACCUCAAUUUUAGGACUUGCUACAAAAAAGCCCCUAGUGCCAGGAAAAAGAGCCAGGAAGUCCAUUAAUGACUUGCCUUUGGACUUAUCCUCAGUAAAAAAGAGAACUAGAAUUGAUGAAAUUGCCAGUAACCUUCAAAGUAAGAUAAGCCAAAGUCAGCAGGACAUGAUCAUAAAUCUGGAUGACAUGGAUGAUGAGGAAGCGGGAGAAAAUCAUACUACUGCUGAUGACGAGACCGGAAACCAUGACAGCAAACACCCACUUUUUGCCUACAACACACAGCUGCUCUCUCACGAGGGAGGUCGAAUAGGAAAAAGAAAAAGCAACCCCAAGUCGAAACCUAGAAACAUUCCCAUAUCACUGACUCUCUCAGAUGACAGUGAAAACAUCUCCGCUGAUCCCAGUGACGGCACGGUGCACGAGAACAGUGACUAUUCAGAGGAAACCGGAACUGCACGUUUCUACUGUAAACACUGUGAUUACCAAAACAAGUCGGCUCGUAGCGUCAGCACCCAUUACCAGAGGAUGCACCCGUACAUCAAGUUCAGCUUUAAGUACAUCCUGGACCCUGAAGACCAGAGUGCUGUCUUCCGCUGCUUAGAGUGCUACAUUGAAUAUACAAAUUACAAUGAUCUACACCAACACUACAUGGAUCAUCACCCUGAAGCAAGUAAUGUUCUCAAUUUCAACCAGCCACAUCUGUUGUACCUGUGCCGCUUUUGUUCGUAUACAAGCCCCAAUGUCAGGAGCCUAAUGCCCCAUUACCAAAGAAUGCAUCCCACAGUUAAAAUCAACAAUGCCAUGAUCUUCUCCAGCUACAUUGUAGAGCAGCCCCACAAAACGGGUGAAUCACAAACUCUAAGGGAAAUACUGAACUCUGGUCCCAAGACAUUUAACUCUGCCACGUCAACGCCCAGGUCCUCCUCCAGCCCCGUGCUGAAACCUGCUUCCAAGCCCCCUGAAACUAGUACUGAGGUAGACCCACUGAAAGACACUGUGGGUGGUAAUGUUGUCAUUUAUGAUUGUGAUGUGUGUUCUUUUGCUAGCCCCAACAUGCACUCUGUUUUGGUCCACUACCAGAAGAAACACCCAGACCAAAAGGCGUCUUAUUUCCGUAUUCAGAAGACCAUGAAGGUCAUGUCAGUGGAUCAGUCACAGCCUUCCACAAACUCUUCAUUUAACCUCAGCAUGUCUACAUCUCAGAAACAGUCAAGCGCGGCACUGUACGGCUCAGAUGAAGAAAUGUACUACUGUAAACACUGUGUGUACAGCAACAGAUCUGUUGUUGGUGUGUUGGUCCAUUAUCAAAAAAGGCACCCUGAAGUAAAAGUAACAGCAAAAUACAUCAAACAUGGUGCUCCCACUCCUGGUUUGAUGAAAUUAAUGGAUGAAUUGCAAAUAGCCACUCCCAAGCAAUUUUUGAAACCGUUUCAAAAUAAUGGUCACGAUGGAUCUACCAACUCAAGCCCUAAACCAGGAAGCGGUGAGAAAGGAGAGGAUGAGUUGUUCUUUUGUCAGCACUGUGAUUAUGGCAACCGCACUGUAAAAGGAGUGCUUAUUCAUUACCAGAAGAAACAUAGGGAAACAAAGGCCAACGCUGACCUUGUCCGUCGUCACACUGCAGUUGUCCGGAGCCAGCGUGAGCGUGCACAGAUGGUACAGUCAAAUAAUGCCUCCUCUACUGCAAUCCCACCUCCCCCUGACCCUGAGAAUGCUUCGCCCCUGCGGUCCCUUAAAUGCAGACACUGUUCCUACACAUCCCCCUAUGUCUAUGCCCUGAAGAAGCAUCUGAAGAAAGAGCACCCCACUGUGAAAGCCACAUCCAUGACAAUUCUACACUGGGCUUACCAAGAUGGCAUACUGGAGGCUGGUUACCACUGUGAAUGGUGCAUUUACUCCCAUGUGGAACCCCAGGGCCUGCUUCUCCAUUACCAAAGACGCCAUCCAGAGCACAAUGUCGAUUACACAUACAUGGCCAGUAAGCUAUGGGCUGGUCCGGAGACCACCCAGCAACAAGGAGGCAAUAUGGAAACAAAACAUUACAAAUGCAGAGACUGUGCUUUUGAGGCCUGUACAAUAUGGGACAUCACCAGUCACUACCAGGCAGUCCAUCCCUGGGCUAUCAAAGGGGAUGAAUCUGUGCUCUUGGAUAUCAUCAAAGGAAACGGCUCAGCUGAAAACCAGCAAGUUGCCAAAGAAGAUGCGUCUUUCAAUUGUCAGUCCGUGGAAGAUGAUGGUGCGUUGCUCAUUGCCACCUCACAUCAAGAAAGUAGUCCCCAUCCUCCCCACCCACGCCUUUCCAUCUCUAACAAUCCUUACCAGUGUACUGUGUGUCUGUCAGAGUACAACAGCCUCCAUGGCCUCCUCACUCACUAUGGAAAGAAACACCCUGGCAUGAAAGUAAAAGCUGCAGAUUUUGCACAGGAGGCAGACAUCAACCCGAGUUCUGUGUAUAAAUGUCGUCACUGUCCAUACGUUAACUCCCGCAUCCAUGGCGUCCUCACUCACUAUCAGAAAAGACACCCAUUAGUGAAAGUGACUGCAGAGGAUUUUGCAGAUGAUAUCGAGGAAAUCGCUGACCUAAAUGAAGGAGAUGACAAGUGCAAAACUCAAAGGCAGGGCUACGGCGCAUACAGAUGCAAGAUGUGCCCGUAUACGCAUGGCACACUGGAGAAACUCAAAAUUCAUUAUGAGAAGUAUCACAAUCAGUCAGCCUCCGAAAUGUUCACUCCUUCUCUGACUAAUUUCUGUUCCGGUAGAGACACAGAGCCAGUGGCUGAAUGCAGUGCGAGUAAUAUAUCAAGUACGGCAAAAGAUGUUAGUGAAUUGGACCUCACCCUCUCCCCGUUACCCAUCAAUAAGACAGAAAAACAUGCAAUAUUCAAGUGUCAGCUCUGCAAGUACUGCUGUUCCACCAGAAAAGGUAUCGCGCGACACUACCGCAUCAAGCAUAACAAUGUCCGUGCUCAGCCUGAGGGGAAAAACAAUGUCUUUAAAUGUGCUCUGUGCGCAUACACAAAUCCCAUACGCAAAGGCCUGGCAGCACACUACCAGAAGCGCCAUGACAUUGAUGCUUAUUACACCCAUUGUCUGGCUGCGUCCAAGACUUUAACUGAAAAGCCCAACAAAGUCAUAGCAACCCCGUUACCGGAAGCAGAAAACUCCGAAAUGAGUGCUGACCUGCGUUUGGCAGUGGAGAAACGAAGAUGUUCUCUCUGUGGCUUCCAGGCCUUCAGCAGGAAGAGCAUCGUCUCGCAUUACAUUAAGCGCCAUCCAGGUGUCUUCCCCAAGAAGCAGCAUGCUAGCAAGCUCGGCCGCUACUUUACCGUUAUCUAUGCCAAAGAACCCGAGAAGAUUGAGGCAGAGGAAGACAAGGAUGUGCUGGAGGUUCCGCUUGAACCCGAAGAGGACAGAGACGAUGACUGGCUGCCAUUCAAGUGUCUAAAAUGUUACCGAUUGUCCUUCAGCGCAGGCGAGCUGCUCUCUAUGCACUACAACGACCACCACAGCAAUGACUUGAAGAGGGACUUUGUGAUGUCGCCCAGUCCUGGGGAUGAGGACUCUGAGUUGUACCAGUGUUCCCACUGUGAGCUGAAGUUCCUGGCUCUGCCGCUUCUGGCCCGGCAUCUGCUGAAUCACAAUGACGAGUUUCAGAAGAGGGCUAUGAGGCAGGAGAGGAGGAAGCAGCUCCUCAGCAAACAGAGAAGCCCAGAAGUGCCUGACUGCAAACCUGAGAAGGAAAACCCUGUAAAUAAAGCUCCCAUAGGAUUUAGGUGUAACUUCUGCGUUGAAGUGCACUCCACCCUGCGAGCCAUCUGCAAUCACCUGAGGAAGCACGUGCAGUACGGAGAGGUCAAAGAGGGUCACGUCAAGCAGGAGGUCAACGAGGUCCCCCUCACCAUGCCCUCAGAGAGCCUGACUAAUGGCGACCUAGAGGGCGACGAGGCAGCCGAAGCUGAUGACCUCGAGAGGCCCGAGGCCGCCGCGAUAGGGCCACACGUGGUUGCCGCGGUGUCCGGUGGUGCCGCUGUUGCCACGGACAUGGUUGAACCGGAGUCGGACGCCGUCGACGGAAGCGCCGUGGCCCUUGAGGCCGCCGUAUCGGAGGGACCACCGACGCAGUGCUUAGCAGCGGGGGGUCACCCGUGUGCCCAGUGUGACCGAGUCUUCAUGUCCAUGCAGGGACUGAGGUCCCAUGAGAGGAGCCAUUCAGCCAUGGCUCUGUUCAGCAGAGAGGACAAAUACAACUGCCAGUACUGUCAGUUCGUCUCACCUUUCAGGCACAAUCUGGACAGACACGUUCAGUCUCAUCACGGGCAUCACAAGCCCUUCAGGUGCAAGUUCUGUCCUUUUAAAUCUGCCUACGCCAGUCGCUUGAAGAGCCACCUGCAUAAGGCACACACAGGUGAGCAGCACAUGUACAAAUGCCUGUCGUGCUCCUUCUCCUCCAUGACCAUCAGCCAGCUGAAGGAGCAUUCUCUGAGAGACCAUGGUGAGGCGCUGACCCUCCACAAACUGCGGGCUGCUACCCAGGCUGCUCAUGCCACCCUCAGGCCCUCCCGGCUGGCCACUAACACAGAGCAGGCUCCUCUUGCUUCAGAUGAUCCAUCAUACCUGGAGCCGCCUGAUGUUCGUCAGCAGCUUAGUCACUACCAGCUGGCCUCCCGCAGUCAAAUGUCCUCUAUCUCAACACCGGUGGCUGACAAUCGUCCAGACGGCAUCCUCACGUGCGAGUUCUGUGAGUUUAGCUCUGGCUACAUGCAGAGCCUUCGCCGCCACUACAGGGACCGCCACGGUGGCAAGAAACUCUUCAAGUGCAAGGACUGCUCCUUUUUCACCUGCUACAAGAACAACUUCACCAUACACGUGGAGGCUGGACACAGCAACGGUGUUCAGGAGGAGCUGCCCAAAGACCUGCGCUGCCCUCUCUGCCUCUACCACACCAAACACAAGAGCAAUAUGAUCGACCACAUUGUCCUGCACAAAGAGGAGCGAGUGGCUCCGCUGGAGGUCAGCCGCUCUAAGCUGUCGCGCCACCUUCAGGGCCUGGUGUUUCGCUGCCACAAAUGCACCUUCACGUGCUCCAGUGACCAGGCCCUGCAGCUGCACCUGCAGAAGCACGCCGAGAUCAAGCCUUACCAGUGCCAGCUCUGCUACUACGACAGCAGUCGACGGAGUCAGCUGGAGGAGCAUCUCCGCCUUGAGCACAAGGUUCUACGUAACUUUGAGCUGAUGGGCCGGGUCAACCUGGACCAGCUGGAAAUGAUUAAGGAACGAGGGAGCAGCGCAGAGGAGGAAGAGGAGAGGGAGAUGAUGCAGAUGAUGGUCGAUGAAAAAGAUGCCGCAGACGAGGAGGAGGAGGAGGAGGAGGACAUUGAUGAAGACGACGACUACGAGGGAAUGGAGAUGUUGGAAAACACAGUGGAUGACCGGCGAGAUAUGGAUUAUGAAGAGAGAGAGGACAACAUCAAAGAGGAGGAGGAGGAUGAAGAAGAAGCAGAGGAAGAGGUGGAGGAGGUUAAGGAGAUGGAUGAAGAGAGGGCUGGCCAACAAGACCUCUGUUUCCCAGAGGUCCUUGCAUCUCCCACCAGCAGCAGCACUGGCAGUUCAGGGCCAAGCGGUGCAGAGAAGCGUCUUCCCUGCGAGUUCUGCGGCCGCUGCUUCACCAACAGCCUCGAGUGGGAACGGCAUGUUCUUCGACAUGGCAUGACGGUUAACAGCGGUCGGAUGGACACCAGCUCCACUUCAGCAAUGGACGCUUCAGCUUCAUCUUCCACUGGCUCCUCUGUCUUGACGGACACUGGACUGGAUCUGUCCGGCAACAGCCAAGAGGAGGGCGACCCUGCUGCUGAUCUGACACCAGGAGGUCCAAACCAGCACGUGGAGGACAAAGAUAUGCUUGACACCAAAAAGGAUCAACAGUUUGGUUGAACAGAUUGUGGCCUCUUGGGACGCUGUUCUCGACAAAUGAAUUAAGCACUGAGCUGGCUGUUUGAGAUGGAAGGAAAAUGCGAAGGAAAUGGAAAAAAAAAGAAAAAAAAAAGGUGACUUUUUAUUUGGAACAUUAUUAGAUUUUAGAUGUUUCAUAUGUAAGUAUUAGGUUGUGCUGCAUAAAAUGGCUGAGCUCUUUAAAUGAGCGGUCCCAUAGGACAGAUCUUAAUAUAUUGGUAACCAAUAGUGAACAGAACUCUUUAUAUCUGACAUUGUGGUCAAAUCUACCGUGAAAGAUCCCACCUAGAUGAAAUCUUAAGCUAUUUAUAAACGGAUUUUGUCCCAAACUAAAUUGAAGCAUUUUAUUAUGGAAAGCACCUUUUACACCUCCCCCCUGCUCGUCCAAAAAAACAGGGUUACUGUAAAUUACCGCAGAGGAAACAAACACGAUAUGAAAGCAUUUACAAGCAUGGCCCGCUGUCUUUUAUUGUUUCUUGUUGAAAUCGGAGACGUUUUGACAUCUUAGCCGUGUGUUAACUGUGUAGAAGUAUUCCUUUAGGAAGAGUCGCACCUUAUUUAGAUUAGCAAAAAUCAUUCGUAGAAAUACUGACAGUUCCCCCCGAAUGUUUGUAGCAAAUUGCUAUACUUUAGGCCCCUUAUUAAUAUUAUACUACGUAUAAGCCUUCAGCCUGUGGCGCCCUCCAUAUUUUGAUUUUUUUUUUAAUUGCCUAAUAAUUUCACUGAUAAACAAACCGUGGAAACAACGGUGAUACUUAAAGCGUCCUUUCCCCCAGUAACAUGUCGUUUGUGGUGAAGUCUGUUGUGACCCGUAUGAAAGUCAAAUUCUUAGUGACCACAUGCAUUAAAGGAAAACUUGAGAAAUUGUGCUUCCCCCUGAGUCGAGCAAUAUCAUAUAUCAUUCUUUUCUUUGUUACGUGCCCACCAGUGACACUUGGUCCGAGGCUUGAAACUACAAUGCUAAUUCCGCACUUUUUAGACGGGACCUCAUUCCCAGAAUGUAAACAGUGUCCGCCGUCUUUGCUAACAGUUAUGCUAACAGAACGUGUCACUGGUGGGCACGUAACAAAGAAAAGAAUGAAGAUAUUUCUCAACUCAGGGGAAACUGAGGUUGGGAAGCACAAUUUUUCAAAAAUACUAAACCUAUUCUCAUAAUACAAAGCUAAAUGCAAAUCGGUGAAGUGUUCCUUUAAGUCUGCUGAGGUCUACGUUAGCGCACAGCCCCCAAAAUGUACGAGUCAGACUGAUGUGGACCCUCGCACAAGUACAAUUAGAACAAACACAUAACAUGGAAAGAAUCGAGUGGUAUCCUGCAACACAAACACAGGUUUUUCUCAAAAGUAUCGGCGCUACGACCACUUGAUACACUCGGCUUUUCAGUCCAAAAAUACUGUACGUGAUUAGACGCGUCAGAAUCCAGCUCUGUCCACAUGAACUUCUAAUAACAGACGGUGACCCGUGCGGUCCGAGUCAGUGGGUGUGAUCUGGUUUACUGGAUUUUUACUGACUGCACUUUGAACACCGUGUCAAUCCGCCAUGUGUGAGUGCUGAAGCCAGCGUGCAAGUGCCUUAAAAUGCAGUCCCUCUAACGGCCACAUUAUGGUUUUAAUUACUCACAGAAAACCGUUAGAAGCAACUCGGAGAAAAAGAAACACCCCCUACGCCAGGUUUCCCACGGGAAUGCAUGGCCUCAACAGCAGCUGUUUUCACUUCUCCUAAUGUGUGCCUUAGUGGCAAAUUUGGGAGUCAUUGUUUUAAUUAAGGUCAGAUCAAUUACCUCUGACUUCAUGGUAACAGUCAAAUAUGGCUCCGUGUCAACCCUGAGCAGAGCGGAGAGGUCCGUAAAGAUGGUGAAACGGCUCUGCUGUGUUUGCGUGACUGUCUCGUUCAGGUUCUAUCACAUGGUCCAUAUUUGGAUUUUCAAACUUGUGUCAAAUCCCCCCGCCCCGCCCCGCCCCCCCCAACGUGAACCCCUUUAAAUUUCCACCCUGUGUUGGCACAGCUGUCAUAGCCUGCGUUAGUGAGCUUCUUUUUAGGCGUAGUCGUCUUUUAGUGUUGAUAUUGACAAUAGACAGAGAUUGUAUUUGCUGGAAUUUGCUGCUUGAAUGCCCUAAAGCCUUAUUAGAAGUGAAGAGCAAUUAAGUCAAAUUUAUAUCCGAUUCCAAAAAAACUAAAAACAAGCUACGAUGAACAGUCUGAAAUUUAAGGACUGAUAGAAAUUUAUAGAGGAACACGGUUCGUCUAAUUGUGUUCUUGGUACCAAAAUAUUUACCAAGCCUGCUGUACUUCCUGCUGUGAUUGUCUUUCCCAAGCAUUGAACCUUUAAUGGUAAUGGAAAAAAUCUGGGUCUGGGCCAUAGGAUUUUAGGAGUAGAAUUCUAUGUGUGUAGCCCAGGUAAUCUACAUGUCUGCAGCCAUGUAUAGAAAAACAAAUCUACUCAUUAAGUGUUUGAAUUGUGGUGUUUCAGAAACAAUAAUUUAACCUUUUUUUUCCGUUAGGUGUUAUUACUUUAAAAAAAAAAAAUGAGAGAGAAAAAAAGAAAUCUGAAGAUGAUAUGAAUUAACCCUUAGGGACUUUUAAAUCCCCCAUUCCAACAAUAUUAUACUGUUGUACAAAGUCUGGUUACAGUGGAAAAAAAAACAACUCUUUUGUACUGUAAUAGAAAAGAGAAGAUAGGAGGUGCAGUGUGGUUGUACAAUAUUUAAUCCCAUGAAGGGAAAAUGAUGCAGUUUCCGAGUAAAGAGUAAUAGCCAGGGCUUUUAUUUUUAAAAGAGAAACAUGGCAAAGAAGGAGAGGAGAAAAAAAAUGUGCUCCGUUAGGAGCAUUGUCUUAAACUGCUUGUUUUUAUUUGUUUUUUGUUUUCUGGGCUUGACCACUAUCUGAGUUGACAGUCGACCUGUAGAUCCGUAUGAAAUCUAGCAUGUUCUUGUCUAAUGCAGAACCUUAACACUCCAGUCUCUUUUACCCCAAACAGCGGGACUGUCUUAGUCCAGUUGGUGCUCAAUAUCAAAGCCCUUUUCUUUUCUCUGUUUUACCGGACCAGCUUGUAGCUUUUUUGAAGUUAAACCAUUGUCGUAGUAAUAAGCUUUGUGAGGCAUCUUGAAAGCCCGUUGUAAACCAGAUGAUAUAAAUGGUACAAUCUGGGUAAUGAAGCUGUCAACCCAAAAUUGUCUGUUGUUCUGUGAUCAUUUUAAUAGAGAAUGACUAUGAAUCCCCUCACUGUGUGCAGUCUGAAGACUGUAAGACCCCCCGAGUUUACCCAAAGUUAAACCCCUGUUGAGAACACACUGGAUACUUGUAUAUAUGUUUAGUUUUUUUUCCGAAGCAUUUCUCUUUUCGGACUGUUGUCUCCAUAGUUUGACACUAGAAUCUCUCCUUCUUGCCUUUCUUCCUAUACAAAUCUGAUUACCUGAUGGUGGGUUGUGAUGUUGCCUAGAAUGAUUGUUUACAAUUUUAUUCCAUUUAUCUCUGGAUAUUCUGUAAAUAUUGUAAUUCAUUGUCUUUUUUUAACUUGAUAAUAAAGUUAUCAGAUAAUGGUCA